AUGUUUUCGGCUCCGCUAAUUUCGCCACAAACUCGACCCCUUCCUCCAAUCCCCUCGGAGGAGGAGAAAGACCAUCACACCGACAGGCUCCAGCUUCGAUCGGUUGUGGCUGCGGGGUCUGGAGGUUCGUUGAACGCUCGCCGUCGUGUUCCUCGAAUGGGCACGAGAUGCCAUGCUCGUCUGUGCGUCACUAGCACGCAGUCCACACCAAGCCAGCAGCAGCAGCAGCAGCACGACAGUUGCGAUUCUGGAAAGCAGACAAAUCGCAACUCCUGCGAAAUCUCAACUGAAGGUUCGAGCUGCGAGGAAGGAGAUAUUCAUCCCAGUUCGGCGCCUGACUACAUGAAAAUCGCUCUCAACUACGCCUCAAUCUGCACUGACUCACGCCAACAGGAUUCAGAUGAUGGCUAC